AUUUGCCUCCUUCCUUGCUUUUCCCCUUCCUUUCUUCCCUCCUUCAUUGGUUCCUUCCUUCCUUCUUUCCUUUCUCUGUUCCUUCCUGUCCUCCUUCCUUCUUUCCUUCCUUUCUUCCCUCCUUCAUUUUUCCUUCUUUUCUUCCAUUCUUCCCUUCUUCCUUCUCUCCUUCCUCCCCUUCUUCCUUCAUUCCUCCUUCUUUCUUUCCUUCCUUCCUUUCUUCCCUCCUUCCUUCUUCCCUUCUUCUUUCCUUCUUCCUUCCCUCCUUCCUUCUUCCCUUCUUCUUUCCUUCUUCCUUCCCUUCUUUCUUCUUCCCUUCCUUCCUUUUUCCUUCCCUUCUUCCUUCAUUCCUCCCUCCUUCUUUCCUUCUUCCCUUCCCUUCUUCCUUCCUUUUCCGAUCACUUCUUUCUCCUUUUCUUUCUUCUUUCCUUUCUUCCUUCCAUUCUUCCUUCCUUCCUUCUUUUCUUCCUUUUUUCCUUCCUUCCUUCCCUCCCUUCCUACUUUCUUUCUUCCCUCCUUCCUUCUUCCCUUCCCUUCUUCCUUCCUUCCAUUCUUUCUUCUUUUCUUCCUUCUUUCCUUCUCUUCUCCCUUCCUUCCUCCCCUUCUUCCUUUCUUCCUUCUCUUCUUCCUUCAUUCCUCCUUUCCUUCCUUCCUUCUUCCCUUCCCUUCUUCCCUUCCCUUCUUCCUUCCUUUUUCCUUCCAUUCUUUCUUCUUUUCUUCUUUCUUUCCUUCUUUCCUUUCUUCCCUCCUUCCUUCCUUUUUAUUUCCUUUCUUCCCUCCUUCCUUCCUUCCUUCCUUCCUUUUCUCUCUCCUUCCUUUCCUCCCUUCCUCUCCACUUUCCUUCUUCUUCUUUCCUCUCUCCUCCUCUUGUUCUCUCUCCUCCUUCCUCUGUAUCCUUCCUCCUUCUCUCUUUCCCCUUCCUUCCUUCCUUUUUCUUUCCUUUCUUCCCUCCUUCCUUCCUUUUCUCUCUCCUUCCUUCCUUCCUCCUCUUCUUCCUUCCUUCCUUCCCUUCUUCCUUCUUUCCUUUCCUCUUUCCUUCCAUUCUUUCGUUUUUCCUUCCUUCCUUCCUUUCCUCCCUUCCUCUCCACUUUCCUUCCUCUCCUUUCCUUUUCCUCUUGUUCUCUCUCCUCCUUCCUUCUCUUUCCCUUUCCGCUCUUCCUUCUCUCUUUCCCUUCCUUCCUUCCUUCCUUCCUUCCUUCCUUCCUUGCCUUCCUUUCCCCUCCAUCCAUCCCCUCUCGCCCUUCCUCCUUUCCUCCCCUCCCUCUUCCUCCUCCUCUUCCCCUCUUUCUCCUCCUCCUUCUCCUCCUCUUUCUCCUUCCCUCUUUCCCAAGCCUUUCUCUUUCCCUUUCUUGGCUCUCCUUCCACCAAAACAAAGCCUCCCCAGAAAAGCCUUCUUUCCCUGGGAUUUCCUCCUUCCUCCCUGUCUCCCUCCUCUUCCCAAGCCCUUCUCCCUUCUGUUCUUUCUCCUUCUCCUCCUUUUCUCCCAUCCCUCCUUUCUCUCCCUCUUUAUUUUUAUGGGGCGCCUCAAGGCAACAUGCUUUCCAUCUCCAAACACUCCUUCAAGAUCAAGCAGCCUUGCCAAGAGCCUGGGCAACAAAGUCCAAAGUCUUCCAACAUGAGCGGAAAGAAGAACCGGAACGAAUAUGCGCUCCAAUGCAUCCCAGGCGAAUACAUCCAGGAAGAGGCUUCCAACGUCCGCAAAAGCGUCGCUUCCGGAGACGGGAACAUCCCAGGGACCCUUUACUGCACCAACUUCAGGGUGGCCUUCCUUCCAGACGUGGUUUCAGACAACGAGGACGGCUCCUCUCCUCCUUUCAUGCACAGCGACUACGAUGUGGCUCUCUCCUGCAUCGGGCGGCUGGUGGCAGUGAACAGCUUCACAAAGGCCAAGGUCUUGACCGGCACCUCGACCCUGAAGUUCAUCCCUGAGGAGCUGGUCAUCUAUUGCCGGGAUUUCCGGGUCCUGCACUUCCAUUUCCACGAAAGCGGCUUGGAACCACAAGCCUUCCGGGUGACCAUGGCCAUUGCCCAAGCCCAGGAGUGCGGCCACCGGGACAGCAGCGGUUGCGAAAACGUGGCUCUGAAAAAUCUGGAGAACAGCCGGCAGCGGAGGGAAGAGGAAGAGGCCGAGGAAGGCUCCGGCACGUUGCUUUUCGAGACUCUUUCGGACUGGGAGAAGGAGCUGCAGCGCAUGGGAGCGGACGGGUGGAGGGUCAGCCCCGCCAAUGAACGCUUCGAUAUGUCGACCAGCCUUCCGAAAUAUCUCUGGGUCCCCGGCCGGUUCUUGGACAACGAACUCAAGAGGACUUUUGUGCAUUUCAACGAACGGCGCAUUCCGAGGCUGUGUUGGCGACACCCGUCGGGCAGCAGUCUCCUCCGGUCGGCCAGCUUCCACCCGGAUUCGGAUCCGGAAAAAGAGGACAUGAGAUCGGUGGAGAGGCUGAUGCUGGCGGGCCAUUCCCAAUGCAUCGUUGUCGACGUGGCCUCUGAUCUCCCCAACUUGCCCGAAAUCCAACAGUCCUAUGCCCGGCUUUGGACCCUUUGCCUUGGCCUUGCAGAUUCCUCUGUCGCCCCUUCGGACGAGAAAUGGCUCUCAAGCUUGGAAGGGACGCGGUGGUUGGAUCACGUCAGGGCCUGCUUGAAGAAGGCUGGAGAGGUCUCCGUCUUGCUGGCCGAAAGGAGUCGCUCGGUGGUCCUGCAAGAAUCAAGCGACCGGGAUCUGAAUUGUUUGCUGGCCUCCUUAGUCCAGGUCCUUUCGGAUGCCCACAACCGAACCAUAUCCGGGUUCCAGAGCCUGAUCCAGAAAGAAUGGGUUGCGGCCGGGCAUCCCUUCCUCCACCGGCUCAAUCUGUUCCAGAAGAACGACCGAGACGAGUCGCCAGUCUUCCUGCUGUUCCUGGAUUGCGUCUGGCAGCUUCUCCAACAGUUUCCCCAGUCUUUUGAGUUUUCCGACACUUACCUGGUGGCUUUGCACGACAGCAGCUACCUGCCCUUUUCCAGCACUUUCCUCUUCAACUGCCAAUGGGAACGGGGCCGGAGGAACCAGAACGGGUUCCGCAACCAGCUCUACACCCCGAUCAACGGCUGGCGAGAGACCGUCUGCUUGGAGAUCCUGCGGGACGGAGGCAUCCCGGUCAAGGAAGCCGAUCCCGCGGCCUGCUUGCCCACCGCCUGGGAUUGGGGCCUGAGAUUCAGCCAGCGCCAGCGGUCCCAGUUCAGGAGCCCCUGGUUCCGCAAAAGGAGCCCCGGCACCGGAGUGGCCCUCAACGGAAACUUCCUUCCCCCAAAUGGCAGCAAGAUGGAGACUGCUCCUCCGGGGAAGGGCUGUUCCCUGUACCUCUUCUCCAAGGGAUCCCUCACUUUGCAGUCGCAGCUUUUCCCCUGGAAGAACGGAUCCCUGGCCAAGAGGGGAUCCCGCCGGAACUUGAUCUCCGAGGGCUCCGGAGAGGCGGAGAAGGCGACCAGGGGGAAUAAGCUCUUCCACGGCCGCCUGCCGGACCCCGAGGACGGGCUGCUCCUCCUCCCGUCCUAUUUGGGGCCUUCGGUCCGCUUCUGGAAACGCUGCUACCUUCGGGGGAACCCGGACGUUCAGGCGGGGCUCUUUGCUUCAUCGGUUGCCGAACUCAUGGAAGAGCUCAACCUUCUCGAAGAGCAGCUCUUGGCAGGCAAGAAAGGGCUUUUGCACGGCCUUUGAAGGAGAGAAAGUGAUCCUUGCAACAACAACAAAGCUAGAGGCUAUGGAGUUCGUUUUGCUAUCCUAAGAAGGGAGAAAAAUGCUUGCAACUCUGCAUUCGCAAUAAGCUGGGCUUUUCCCAUCGAACCCACCACUCUUCAUGUCACUUUUCGAUUAUGCUAUAGCUACAUUCUACUCCUUGUUGUUGUUUUUCCCAAGCUCUGUUUGGGUCUCUUUGUCAGGAAAGACCACGUUACAGAUGGAUUGAGCCUGCGUCCAUUGAUCACACGCUGUGAGCAAACGGCAUGAUGCAGCAGCUAAAAAGGCCAAUAUGAUUCUAACAACAUCAAAAAGAGUGUGAUUGAAGCUCAGUUUGCACCAAUGUUUGGGUCCAUGGGAGUAUAAUACCGCUUUCCGACCCUAAAAAGGCCGUUGCCUAAACAGGAACAGCAUCAGAAGUGCCUUUGACUUCCUUACUGUUCAGAGAGGGAAAAUCUCUGUUUUGGGUCUAAAAGCAUGGCGAGAAUGCCCUCCAGCAUUUGGGGACAAAAACCACGUUUUAAAAUGGGAUACAGCCCUCCCUUUGUCUGAUGCAAGUACUGACUAAUCAUAUAUGAAAACAGAAACUGGAUGAAGCUUUGUGGGAUCUUUCGUCCAAAUGAUGCAUUCCAUAAUAAUAAUAAUUAAUAAUAAUAAUAAGACUUUAUUUAUAUACCGCCCUAUCUCCUCAAGGGACUCAGGGCGGUUUCUAACGUCACAAGGAAACCAUACAACAACUUAAAACCAUACCACAAAACAUUUAUAUCUAUAUAUAAAAAAAUGUAAUGUGCAGAAUUAGGACUGAGUUAACAACAAAACCACUGGGCCGAAUCACAGCAAAUUUGGCCACAAAACCAAUCACUUUCCAAGGAGUGACCAUCCAAGAAAAAAAGAAGAAGAAAGAAAACACCAUGCCCGUAUGUAGAAAGCGGCCAGGCUUUUAAGCUGCAAGACUAUUCAGUGCAAUUCAAGCUGGCCAGACAAGGAUUCCUCUAGGUAUAACACAGCCAGGCACUGAAGCUGCAAGGCUAUUCGGUGCAAUUCAACCAGACCAACAAAGAAUUAACUUUGGUAGAGGGCGGCCAGGCUUUGAAGCAGCGAGGCUAUUCAUUGCAAUUCUAGCAGCCCAAGAAACCAUUCCCUUAGAACGCAAGUACCCAGGCUUCCUAGCAGCAAGCCUAUUCCAUUGCAUUCCAGCUCACCAAACAAGGAUUCCCAUAAGAAGAAAACAGCCAGGCUUUGAGGCUGCAAGGCUAUUCACUGCUAUUCCACCCGGCCAACAAAGGAUUCCCAUACGUCACAGCAACGUGUGGCAGGGCAUAGCUAGUACUGUAUAUAGAAAUGUAAUGUAAUUAGGAUCGAGUUAUCAACAAAACCACUGGGCCAAAUCACACCAAAUUCGGCCACAAUUCUCAUCACUUUGCAAGGAGUGACCUUGCAGCUUCAAAGCCUGGCUGCUUCAUACCUAGGGGACUCCAUUGUUGGCCAACUUGAAUACCAUUGAAUAGCCUUGCGGCUUCAAAGCCUGGCUGCUUCAUACCUAGGGGACUUCAUUGUUGGCCAACUUGAAUACCAUUGAAUAGCCUUGCGGCUUCAAAGCCUGGCUGCUUCAUACCUAGGGGACUUCAUUGUUGGCCAACUUGAAUACCAUUGAAUAGCCUUGCGGCAUCAAAGCCUGGCUGCUUCAUACCUAGGGGACUCUAUUGUUGGCCAACUUGAAUACCAUUGAAUAGCCUUGCAGCUUCAAAGCCUGGCUGCUUCAUACCUAGGGGACUCCAUUGUUGGCCAACUUGAAUACCAUCGAAUAGCCUUGCAGCUUCAAAGCCUGGCUGCUUCAUACCUAGUGGAUUCCAGUUACCCAACUUGAAUACCAUUGAAUAGCCUUGCAGCUUCAAAGCCUGGCUGAUUCAUACCUAGGGGACACCAUUGUUGACCAACUUGAAUACCAUUGAAUAGCCUUGCGGCUUCAAAGCCUGGCUGCUUCAUACCUAGGGGACUCUAUUGUUGGCCAACUUGAAUACCAUUGAAUAGCCUUGCAGCUUCAAAGCCUGGCUGCUUCAUACCUAGGGGACUCCAUUGUUGGCCAACUUGAAUACCAUCGAAUAGCCUUGCAGCUUCAAAGCCUGGCUGCUUCAUACCUAGGGGACUCCAUUGUUGGCCAACUUGAAUACCAUCGAAUAGCCUUGCAGCUUCAAAGCCUGGCUGCUUCAUACCUAGUGGAUUCCAGUUACCCAACUUGAAUACCAUUGAAUAGCCUUGCAGCUUCAAAGCCUGGCUGAUUCAUACCUAGGGGACACCAUUGUUGACCAACUUGAAUACCAUUGAAUAGCCUUGCGGCUUCAAAGCCUGGCUGCUUCAUACCUAGGGGACUUCAUUGUUGGCCAACUUGAAUACCAUUGAAUAGCCUUGCGGCUUCAAAGCCUGGCUGCUUCAUACCUAGGGGACUCUAUUGUUGGCCAACUUGAAUACCAUUGAAUAGCCUUGCAGCUUCAAAGCCUGGCUGCUUCAUACCUAGGGGACUCCAUUGUUGGCCAACUUGAAUACCAUCGAAUAGCCUUGCAGCUUCAAAGCCUGGCUGCUCCAUACCUAGGGGACUCCAUUGUUGGCCAACUUGAAUACCAUCGAAUAGCCUUGCAGCUUCAAAGCCUGGCUGCUUCAUACCUAGUGGAUUCCAGUUACCCAACUUGAAUACCAUUGAAUAGCCUUGCAGCUUCAAAGCCUGGCUGCUUCAUACCUAGGGGAAUCCUCUCUAGGCCACCUAGGCAUAAGUAUACAAAACAUACAUAUCAAUCAAUAAAGAGCAUAAGUACACAAAACAUACAUAACAGUCAAUUAACCACAGACUUAAAACUAGUAACAAGAUAUUCCAUCAUCCCUUAGCUUGACUUGUUUUUGGUGGGGAUCGGGGAGAGUUUGCAUGUGUCAUUUGGGGUUUUGCAAAUACAUAAUAUGCUGUGUAUAUAUUUAUAUUUGUGUGUUUUGGCAAAAAUCCUGUUCUUCCAACCAUCCUCUUAAAAGAGCACUUAAUCUAUAGUUAUAAACUAUAUUUAUAGUUUUCUUGGUCCCAAACGUUGCCCUCGCUGUUAAAAAAACUUUAUGGGACCUUUGCAUUUUCCUUUGCCUUACAUAGCCUUACAUCUAUAAAUACAUAUUGUCUGGGGGUAUUAAAUGCUGCUUACUUACUGAGUAGAUUAGAUAGAUAGAUGAUAGGACCAAGGCUGCUUCCUCAGGCAUAGAAUCGGUACAUUAAAAAUUGAUGCUGGAACCUAGGAAUUUAAUAUAUCUCUGUAUAUCGUGUUUGCAAGUUUCGCCCCGGCUUUCCUUCUUGCUUUUGAGUGCCUAACUGUGUAUAUAUUUCUAAUCCAGGGGAAAUAUAGUUUCUCUGGUGCUCUGUAGUCUUUCCAUGACGAAGUUUUGAUGCUGCUGUUAGGUUUUGUUUUUUUAAAAUUUGGAACGUUGUUUAUAAGCUUUAGUCCAAGAGCCUUAAGCAAAGGAGGCACAAGUAGUUGAAAGCUAUAAUAAUAAUAAUAAUAAUAAUAAUAAUAAUAAUAAUAAUAAUAAUAAUAAUUCCAAAGCAGAAUGGAGUGGGACUAUGACUUCCCUUGAUCUCGGCUCUAUCCGUCUCUUGAUGCAGCCUGGGAUUGUAUUAUUAUUAUUAUUAUUAUUAAUAAUAAUAAUAAUAAUAAUAAUAAUAAUAAUAAUAAUAAUAAUUCCAAAGCAGAAUAGAGUGGGACUAUGACUUCCCUUGAUCUCGGCUCUAUCUGUCUCUUGAUGCAGCCUGGGAUUGUAUUAUUAUUAUUAUUAUUAUUAAUAAUAAUAAUAAUAAUUCCAAAGCAGAAUAGAGUGGGACUAUGACUUCCCUUGAUCUCGGCUCUAUCCGUCUCUUGAUGCAGCCUGGGAUUGUAUUAUUAUUAUUAUUAUUAAUAAUAAUAAUAAUAAUAAUAAUUCCAAAGCAGAAUAGAGUGGGACUAUGACUUCCCUUGAUCUCGGCUCUAUCCAUCUCUUGAUGCAGCCUGGGAUUGCAAUAAUAAUAAUAAUAAUAAUAAUAAUAAUAAUAAUAAUAAUAAUAAUAAUAAUAAUAUAAUGAUGAUGAUGAUGCAACCUUUAUUUUGUAUGUUAUUUCAUAAGCUUUUGUUCAGGACCUUCAAGCAAAGGAGGCAAAGUGGUUUAAAGCAAUAAUUAUUAAUAAUAAUAAUAUAAUGAUGAUGAUGCAACAUUUAUUUUGUAUGUUAUUUCAUAAGCUUUUGUUCAGGACCUUUAAGCAAAGGAGGCACAAGUGGUUCAAAGCUAAUAAUAAUAAUACAGCAACAAUAACACAAGAAUAAAUAUGGCAUAAAUUUGCUUGUAGGAGCCUCUAGUUUAAAGCAAUAAUAAUAAUAAUAAUAAUAAUGCAACAUUUUGGUAUGUUUUUUUAUGAGCUUAAAUUUAGGAGCCUUAAGAAAAGUUAGCAAAAGUAUGUUUAAAGCUUGGGUUGCUGUGAGUCUUUUGGGAAGUCUGGCCAUGUUCCAGAAGCACUCUCUCCUGACGUUUUGCCCACAUCUAUGGCAGACAUCCUCAGGGGUUGUGAGGUCUGUAGGCAAGUGGGGUUUGUAUGUAGACCUAGGGUGGGAGACAAAACUCUCGUCUGUUGGAGGCACGUGCAAAUGUUGCAAUUGGCCACCUUGAUUAGUAUUGAAUAGCCUUGCAACUUCAAAGAUUGUCUGCGUCCUGCCUGGGGGAAUCCUUUGUUGGGAGAUGUUAGCUGGUCCUGAUUGUUGUUUGAGAACACAGAAAUGCCAGCUAACCCUUCCCGUUAAAGGAUUCCCCCCCCCAGGCAGGAAGCAGCCAGGCUUUGAAGCUGCAAGGCUAUUCAAUACUAAUCAAGGCUGGCCAGUUGCAACAUUCACGCUUUCCUCAAACAGACAAUAGUGUUUUUUUUCUCUCCCACCUGUACAUCAUUCCACAUAUAUAUAUAAAAUCCCACUUGCCUAAUUUCAAACAGAUCUCACAAGCUUUGAGGAUGCCUGCCAUAGAUGUGGGCGAAACGUCAGGAGAGAAUGCUUCUGGAACAUGACCAGAGAACCUGGAAAACUCACAGCAAUCCAGAGAUUCUGGACAUGAAAGCUUUCAACAAACACAGUUUAAAGCUUAUUAUUAUUAUUAUUAUUAUUAUUAUUAUUAUUAUUAUUAUUACUACUAUGAUCUUAUUAUGACACAGCAAACUAGAUAUGCUGGAUUUCAUAUCACAAAAUCCCAAGUCGAACACUUCCCAAGUGUCUAGGACUGUGUGAUGUAUUUAUUAUUAUUAUUAUUAUUAUUAUUAUUAUUAUUAUUAUUAUUAUUAUUAUUAUUAUUAUUGUAUGACACAGCAAACAAGAUAGACAUGCUGGAUUUCAUAUCACAAAAUCACAAGUCGAACACUUCCCAAGUGUCUAGGACUGUGUGAUGUAUUAUUGUUAUUAUUAUUAUUAUUAUUAUUAUUAUUAUUAUUAUUAUUAUUAUUAUUACUGCUGCCACGAGUGGUUUAAAGCAAUAAUAAUAAUAAUAUGAUGAUGAUGGUGAUGAUGAUGCAACAUUUCAUAAGCUUUCGUUCAGGCGCCUUAAGAGAAGGAGGCACAAGCAGUUUAAAGCUAAUAAUAAUAAUACAGCAACAAUAAUAUAAGAAUAAAAUAAAUUUGGCAUAAAUUUGCUUGUAGGAGCCCCGAGGUGGUGUAGCGAGUUAAAUCUCUGAGCUGCUGAACUUCCUGACCAAAAGGUCAGCGGUUCGAAUCCCGGGAGCAGCGUGAGCUCCUGCUGUUAGCCCUAUCUUCUUCCAACCUAGCAGUUCGAAAACAUGCAAAUGUGAGUAGAGCAAUAGGUACUGCUCCGGCCGGAAGGUGACAGCACUCCUUGCAGUCAUGCCAGUGGCCACAUGACCUUGGAGGUGUCUAUGGACAACGCCGGCUCUUUGGCUUAGAAAUGGAGAUGAGCACCAACCGGGGAAAACCUUUACCUUUACCUUACAUUGGCUUGUGGUUAUGAAAAUUGGAUAAACACUGCUCUCAGGUGCAAUUGUAAAUAGGAUGGAAAUGGAAUGGAAAUAAUCAGCAUAAGCAUAAUGUUCUUAGUCAGACAGAUGGCUGGCUUUCAUUUUUAGUUGCAUAUCUUCGGCUUGUCCUCAGCUUUGACAAAUACCGUAUUGACAAAUACAUUGGUUUUGGAAAUGUUUUUUUAUGGGACAGAUUGCUGGUUUUUAUUUGUGUAUAUAUUGGCUUGUUCUCAACGUUUGCCUUUGCACAACACUUGGGACGGGAACUCCGUGCUGAUUUUUACAUUCGUGCAGCAUGAAGCACACGGGUAAAAACCCAAGUACUUUCCCUGCAACUUGUAAUAUAAUUUUAUAUAGUAAUAGCGCUAUUUCAGCCUCUAUUAAAGAUUUCAGAAUUUUUAAAGCUCCAAUGACUCUCUUUGUGUCUUGUCUUCGAGAGGCUGUGUCUUUAAAAUAAAUCAUUUUGGAAACA